UCGAUGUGAUUUAAAGGCUUCAAACUGAACGUCGUCGUUUUGGAACUGUUAAAUUCAGUAUACGGACGAAUUCUGGUUUUCGCACUCUCGCCAAUUCUACGUCCAUGGCGGAAGAGACGAGGCAUCAGCAGGAAAGGAAACUGGAGAAAGGCGUGCUUGACAAGGUCGGAGAAGGCAUCUCCGCCAUUAGUGAAGCAAAGCAUGUUGACCAGGUGAUAUGUGCUCUUCAUUCCGUCGCCGUCCUUCUCUUUCCGGUCGACCCAUCUCUUUUUUCCGGGAGCAUUAGUGAGGAGUACCGAGAAAGGGUCUGUAGCUCUGUGGUUCCUUCUGCAACUGAGAGAAAUAAUUGGUGGCAGACAUUCUACAGAAGAGCUGCGUUUCCGACAUUGGCUAGGGUUUUGUUGCUCGAUGUUGCCUCGGAUUGGCUCUCCUGUUUCCCGAUUUCAGUGCAGAGACAUUUGUAUGAUGUGUUCUUCCUUGAUGGACCUGCUAUUGAGGUUGUUCAGGUCUUGGUUCCAUUCCUACAGCGGGUGGAAUCCAGUGGCAUCGAUUCCAAUUCUGUCCAGUCCAAUGUGGAAAGAUUGCUUAUAUUAUGUUUGCUUGAAAAUGAUGGAGUCCGCAAGAUGGCCAGAGAACUUCGUGAUAGUUAUCAGUCAGAUAAUUUAGGAAAAGGAAGUAUCAAGGCUUUCAUGUCCGGGUUGUCGCAGAUUGUGACAUCCAUUCCUGACAAAGUACGGCUGAAAGCUCCGCCUUUGCUUACAUCACACUUCUAUUUCAAGAAAAUUACCGUUCAGCUCCUUUUGACAUUGGAUGAGAUGGCUUCCCAGUUGGAGACUGACAGCACAUAUUGUAUCUUGUCAUUUGUUGGGGAGAUAUUUUCCCGCAUUUGUCGGCGCGGAUCUUCAGAUUUGCUGCUAAGUGAAGUAACUCCCCAUGUUUUAAAACAUGUUAGAAGGUUAUUAACUUCAACGAAGGAAUUAGUUGAUGUUGAGGUAUUUGAGAUGGACCCUGCAUUCCAGAUUUGGUCUAAAACUAUGGAAGUAAUUACCGACCCAUUUGCUGUCGAGAGAAUAGCUGAGCAGCUUUUUCAUCAGUUACACUCUGAGCAUGCAAGUGACAUUGAAGCUUUCUGGACAAUCUGGACUUUGUUUCACAGCAUUGUAAAACAUCAGGCAUCAGCAAGGUCUAUGUUUGUUGACAAAUUUUUGUUGUGGAAAGUGUUUCCUAUCUGCUGUCUGCGAUGGAUCUUGCAAUUUUCAGUUCUUGAAUUGCCACCAGUGGCUAGUUCACUUGCUAAAGGUGAUGGUGAUUGUGGACUGCUAGAAACAACACAGCGACUAGCCUCAGUCUGGUCAAAAAGGGAAUUUCUGCAGUCCGUUCCAUUAGAGCAGCAAGCUUAUGUAACCGCAGCUCUCGGGCUUUGCCUAGAGAAAAUGUCAAGGGAACAACUAGAUAGGACGAAGGACAUAAUGCCCAGUAUUCUUCAAGGAGUUAGUUGUAGACUGGAGAGCCCGACAGAUCUGAUUAGGAGAAUGGCAAGCUCUGUUGCUUUUGUAUUCUCUAAAGUAAUUGACCCAAAGAAUCCUCUCUGCCUAGAUGAUACCAUCAAUGAGGAUACAAUUGACUGGGAAUUUGGGUUUAAAACGACUGAGAGGACUCAGUCCAUCGAAAGUUCAACGGAAAAGGAGGAUAGUAAUGACUUGAGUCAGAAAAAUGAAGAAAACAAAAAGGGCAAGAGGAGCAAGAAAAUAUCUGAAUAUGUGUUGGUUAACCCAGAUGAAAUCAUCGAUUUGGCAUCAUUAAACUGCAAAACUGACUCUGAUAAAGAUGAUGGUGGUGAUGACGAUGAUGCAAGCGUCAAUUCUGAUACUUCAAGUGACACUUCUUUGGAGCCAUACGAUCUAACAGAUGAUGAUAAGGAUUUAGGGAGAAAAUUUACACACUUGGUGGAUGUUGUUGGAGCUCUUCGGAAAACUGAUGAUGCUGAUGGGGUGGAGAAGGCUAUAGAUGUUGCAGAGAAACUCAUCCGAGCAUCACCUGAUGAACUUGCUCAUAUAGCUGGUGAUCUUGCUAGAACCCUUGUACAGGUUCGCUGCUCUGAUGUAGCUGUAGAAGGUGAAGAAGAAUCAACAGAAGAGAAACGGCAAAGAGCUCUAAUCGCCUUGCUUGUAACCCGUCCACUAGAAUCCCUCGAAACUCUGAACAAUCUUCUGUAUUCGCCCAAUGUCGACGUUAGCCAGCGCAUAAUGGUGCUCGAUGUCAUGACUGAAGCAGCUCAAGAGCUUGCUAACUCCAGGACGCUGAAACCAAAACACCAAGCAAGGGGACCUCUGAUAUCAUCUAUCUCGGAUCCUCAACCUUGGUACUUGCCUAGCAAUUCAACUACUCCCGGGGCUGGUCCUUGGAAAGAAGUCUCAGAAACAGGGCCCUUUCUUCUAAACUGGUCAAACCGAUUCGAGAGAGAACUUCAGCCAAAACGUGGUCAGAUCAGAAAGGGGAAAACCCGGAGGUGGAGCUUCAAAUCCGCAGAUAGAGAUCAAAGUGAUGUGGAAUGGUCCCAAAAUAGGUUCCCUCUAUAUGCCGCAGCAUUUAUGCUCCCAGCCAUGAAGGAGUUUGACAGGAAAAGACACGGUGUCGACUUACUCGGCCAGGAUUAUGUGGUCCUCGGGAAACUUCUCCACAUGCUCGGUGUCUGUAUGAAUUGUGCAUCCAUGCAUCCGGAAGCAUCUGCAUUAGCUACGUUUCUUCUAGACUUGUUACAACGGAGGGAAGUAUGCAACCACCCGGAAGCAUAUGUGAGAAAGGCAGUCCUUUUUGCAGCCUCGUCUGUAUUGGUUGCUCUACAUCCGUCUUUCGUGGUAUCAGCCUUGGCUGAGGGAAAUGUUGAACUUCUCAAAGGCCUUGAAUGGAUAAGAACGUGGGCCCUUCACUUAGUCGAUUCAGACAUCGAUCGAGAAUGUUACACGAUGGCAAUGUCAUGUCUCCGAUUUCACUCGGAGAUGGCCCUCCAAACUUCCCGAGCUUUGGAAUCCUCUGCCGGAAACAGCAUUGGUCCGGACAACAUCGGAUUUAGCUCAGAGUUCUCUAAGGUGACAUCUAUCAAACUUCCCAACUCCAAUGUCCAUUAACUAGAGUUUCGUUUCCAUGAUUAUGCCCAAUUCCAUUCUCUCUCAUGUUUGGCCAUAUAGAUUACAACCUCUCAAGAUGGAAUGGAUGAUAAACAUGGGUCUUUCUGUGUUGUUGCAUACAAGAAAUUAUGGCCCCUGUGGUGUUAAAUGUCAAUCGUCGUUUUCCGUGGUU